CCUUCUACAAGCUAACAUGGAAGAAUCAUUCCAACCAUUUCAUUGGUCACAGCUCAGUUGAAUUCUCUUCACGCGUCUUUGCCAUCUUCUCAUAUGUUUAUUGGCAAGAUCAAACACAACUGACCUCGGACUGUCGACUGAGUUGGGAACUCAGAUUGAUGAUUGAUGCAAGCAUAAGUUAGGCAUGGAUUGUUUGACCAAGUAUGCAUGCAUCACUUCAUCAGGCGACCAUUCUUCUCGGUGGAGACGACGCCGUUGACUAGCGUCCCCCCGUGGUUCGACUUGGUCAUAUAUAUGUGACGAGUAAAUGAGAGUUUCCACAGCAUUAGAUGUGAUCUAUGAGCCAAGAUAUCAACAGCAGUGCAGCUCCCUGUAAACUUGACUGCUGCUGCAUGAAGAUAGACAUCCAUGGCGAAAUUGCAGCUCUUUCUGUUAGUAGAAGCACUUGCAGCAGCAGCAGCAGCAGCUGUUCUUGGUCAGUCAGCUGGAGAUAGAUUGGCUGCAAACGGCACAAUUGCCAGCAACCAGACCUUGAUCUCCGCAGGAGGGGUGUUUCAGCUUGGCUUCUUCAACUCCUCUGGUUCAGGGAAUGGAUACCUAGGAAUCCGGUACUACAACCUCGCAGAUCCCAGUGUAGUAUGGGUUGCCAACAGGAACAAGCCUCUCAACCUCUCCACUGCAACGAUGAAUCUGACUGCUGAUGGAACUUUAAGCCUGUUCGACAACGGGAUCAUCAUAUGGUCCACAGGCACCUCGAGAGCAAUUAAUCCUGUCUUGCAGCUUUUGGACUCUGGAAAUCUUGUGCUGAUCGCAGGCAAGUCAAACAGUCCACUAUGGCAGAGCUUCGAUCAUCCGUGCGACACUCUUCUACCCGGCAUGAAGCUUGGAGUGGAUUACAACGCCAACAUUUCUAGGCAGCUCGUGUCAUGGAAGAGUCCCACCGACCCUUCUCCAGGUGACUACGCCUUCAAAAUGGAGACUCGUGGUGUUCCUGAGAUCUCUAUAUGGAGUUCAUCCAAGAAAACCUAUCGCACUGGGCCGUGGACGAACCAAGGAUUCAGCGGAAAUCCUAAAAUGGAAGACAGUAAUAUAUCGAACAAGUUGAACUUCUCAUUCGUCUCAAACCAGAACGGGGUCUACUACACGACCGAAUACAAGAACAAUUCUCUUCUGUCACGAGCAGUGAUGAAUGCCACCGGGCGUUUUGAGCGAUGGAAUUGGGAUGGAGGAAGCUGGAGCAAUUUCUGGUAUGUGCCGGAAGACGAAUGCGAUCACUAUGCUAGAUGUGGAUCCAAUAGCAUUUGCACCAAAGAAUACUACAGCUAUUCUUGCAAUUGCAUCAAAGGAUUUGAAGACAAAGGCAGUCUUGGAUGUGAGAGGACGACACCUUUAAGCUGUUCAUCGGACAGGUUUUGGAAGGUGCAAAGCAUCAAGCUGCCUGACACCGAGAACGCCACUACGGACAGCUCUAAGAGCACUCUGGCCGCGUGCGAAGACUGGUGUUCCAAGAACUGUUCUUGCUUGGCAUAUGCUAUGGCUGGCCUUAAUGGCUGUGUGACUUGGAGUGGCGACUUGGUGGAUCUCAGAAGCUUCAUUAGUGGAGGGGAUGACCUAUAUGUUCGACUUGCUGCUUCUGAGUCUGAGUCUUCAAGGAGCAAUGCUCGUGAAUUGGCCAUAGGUCUUCCUCUAUUGCUGGGCUUUCUUCUACUGUGUUGUCUAGGUCUGCUCUUAUGGUGGAGGAAGAGAGGAAAGAAACAAGGCAUUCUUGGAACUGAUACUGAGUCCUCGGUGAAGGAAACCGGCUUACUGUUGGACUUACCGAAGGUGAUGGACAAAGAUGACCUUUUUGGUCAAAGUAACUCAUCAGGUUGUGAGAGUCUACAGCAGUUACCGAGGACAGAUUUUGAUACAUCAGAGCAGCAUUGGAGAUCGAUCAUGAUCAACUCCGAGAAUGCUAAUCUAAAUAAUGAGAGAGCAGCUUCAGUAAAUCUAUUGGGGACAUUGUCUUCCUAUGAUUUGGCUACAAUAAAAGCUGCAACAAAUAAUUUCUCAGCUGCUAACAAACUUGGGGAAGGUGGAUUUGGUGCUGUUUACAAGGGUCAGUUUCAAGAUGGACAAACGAUUGCUGUCAAGAAAUUGUCAAGGCACUCAUCACAGGGCCCGGAUGAGUUCAAGAAUGAGCUCACACUGAUUGCCAACUUACAGCACAGAAACCUCGUGCGCCUUCUUGGCUCUUGCAUUGAAGGAGAUGAGCGACUUCUGGUCUUAGAAUACAUGGAAAACGGGAGUUUAGAUGCCUUUAUAUAUGAUAAAACAAAAAGUGUGCUGCUAAAUUGGCAAAAGCGGCUCGACAUUAUUGUUGGGAUUGCUCGAGGACUUCUGUACCUGCAUCAAGACUCUAACUUGAGGGUAAUUCAUCGAGAUCUCAAGCCGAGCAACAUCCUCCUUGACAAGGACAUGAAUCCAAAAAUAUCAGACUUUGGCAUAGCAAGAAUAUUUGAGAGAGACGAAGGACAUGAGAAUGCAACCACAAGACCAGUUGGAACAUUUGGAUACAUGGCGCCCGAGUAUUUAUCGAGUGGAAUCUUUUCAUUCAAAUCCGAUGUAUUCAGCUUCGGUGUUAUAGUACUGGAAAUCUUGAGUGGUAAGAGGAACAGGGUGUUCAAUCAGGCAAACGUCCGUUUGAAUCUUUUAGGACAUGCAUACAAACUGUGGAAGGAAGGUAGAUCCUUGGAGAUUCUUGAUGAUGCACUCGAUUGCUCGUAUCCUGCAACGGAGAUUCUUCGUUGCAUCCGAAUGGGUCUUUUGUGUGUGCAAGAACACAGUGAAGACAGGCCAACAAUGGCAGAGGUGGUCAUGAUGUUGGCUAGUGAAGACCAACAGUUGACUCCACUGAAACAGCCCACCAUCACAUUGGCAAGCAGUGAUGGAGACCUCUCUUCCAAGGAAAUUAGUGUGACAAUUGCAGGUCGAUGAAACAUAUUCUCUUCUACUGUAAAUUAGGUUGUUUCUGAUUGAGACUUGUAGGAACGAUCGAGAUGCCAUAAUGCAACUCAUAUGCUACAAAACUUGUCAUACUCCAAAGACAAACAAAGCAAUAUGCUAUCAAGCAAACUCAAUUGCUUUACCUUCA